AUGUUGUACCCCAACCUGUCCACAGUCACUGAGUUUCAGCUCCUGGGCUUCCAGAACCUUUUCGAGUGGCAGCCUCUGCUCUUUGCCAUCUUCUUGUUUAUCUACUUCCUCACAGUCACUGGGAAUGUGCUCAUCAUUGCUGUGGUGAGCUGGGAGCAGCGGCUGCACUCACCCAUGUACACCUUCCUCAAGCACCUGUCCUUCCUGGAGAUCUGGUACACCUCCACCAUUGUGCCCCUGCUGCUGGCCGUCCUGCUGGCCCGAGGCCAGGCCAUCUCCUUCCCAGCCUGCAUGACUCAGCUCUACUUCUUUGUCUUCUUUGGGGCCACUGAGUGCUUUCUGCUGGCCAUGAUGGCCUAUGACCGCUACCUGGCCAUCUGCAGCCCCUUACACUAUGCUUCCCUCAUGAGUCCUGAGAUGUGUACCAUGUUGGUGGCCCUGUCCUGGCUCACUGGAGUGGGUACGGGCUUCCUGCCCUGCCUCAUGAUUGCCCAGCUGGACUUCUGUGGGCCCAACCGCAUCAACCACUUUUUCUGUGACCUCCCACCACUCAUCCAGCUCUCCUGCUCCAGUGUGUUCACUACCGAGAUGGUCAUCUUUGUGCUCUCCAUCGCUGUGCUUUGCAUUUGCUUCGUGCUCACACUCGUGUCCUACGUCUGCAUCGUGUCCUCCAUCCUCAAGAUUCCUUCUGCCUCGGGCCGUGUCAAAACCUUCUCCACCUGCGGCUCCCAUCUGGCCGUGGUCACCAUCUACUACGGCACCAUGAUCUCCAUGUAUGUGCGCCCCAAUGCCCACCUGUCUCCAGAGCUCAACAAGGUCAUCUCUGUUUUCUACACUGUGAUCACCCCGCUGCUGAACCCUGUCAUCUACAGCCUGAGGAACAAGGACUUCAAGGAGGCUCUCAGGAAAAUGAUGCAGCGGGGCUGUGGCUUAAGGUCUUCAAGAGGGAGGGGUGCUCUCCCUUUUUACUCAGUCUGA